AUGAAUGAUAGUAUAGAAAGAAUUAAUGUUUCUCAGUCAAAUCUCUUUCAACCAUCCCCCUCACAUUCUCCGGCAUCUCCAAAUCUAAACGGAGGAAUGCGAACCGCUAGUUACACCAUUCCCCCUAAAAUUCCCCCUUCCGAUGUUGUUCAUUCUGAAGACUCUUCUCAAGGUAAAACCACCUUUUAUCAGAGAAUAACUAUUCCCGUCAAGCAAACUGGAGGUAGUAUGUCCAUUUCGCCAUCAAGUCGCGAUGUAGUAUUGGCGGCACGAAAUGGAAUUUUCAUCAUCGAUCUUGAAAACCAGAAUGAACCUCCGCGUCCACUUUACCAUCUAACAAAGUGGGACGUGGCCGACGUGCAAUGGAACCCGCACGCGUUUCGUGAUGAAUGGGUGGCAUCAACGUCUAGUCAAAAAGGACUCAUAUGGAACCUGACGGUGGACUCGAAAACCUCUGUUCAACAUAUCCUCUACGGUCACACUCGUACCAUUAGCGAUAUAAAUUGGCAUCCGUUUCAUCCAGACACAAUUGCGACUUGCUCUGUGGAUACCUACAUUCACCUUUGGGAUCUGAGAAAUCCAAAGAGACCGUCCCGUUCAUUUUGUGCCUGGAAAUUCGGUGCAACACAAGUAAAAUUCAACUUUAAUAACGAAUACAUCUUGGCCUCCGCGCAUGAUAGAAACAUCAUGAUAUGGGAUAUUCGGCAAGGAUCCGAUUACGUAUCUAAAAUCACCGCACAUGUAACUAAAGUGUAUGGUAUCGACUGGAAUAGACGGAACGGAAAAAAUAUCAUCUCCUGUAGUUUAGACAAGUUGGUCAAGUUUUGGAAUAUAGACCAGCCUGAUGUAUGCCAGGGUGAAAUUUGUACAGACUCACCCCCAGUCGGCACGGGUAUCGUAACUAUGCCUCAACGUUCUGAGAACAAACUAUACCUCUGGAAUCAGGAAAAUCCGCAAUCUCCGGUAGAUUCAUUUGUGGGUCACAACGAUGUUGUUAAAGAAUUUGUUUGGCGAAUUAAAGGAGGAGGCGACCAGAAUGUUGGCAAGUACAAUAGUGAAUUUCAGUUGGUCACUUGGUCAAAAGAUCAAUGCUUAAGACUAUGGCCAAUAAGCGACACACAGUUAAGACUAAUUGGACACGAACGCGGAAAGACUGGAACACCGUCCGAUAAUAAAUUGCUGCGAACCGGAGAUUCUAGUCACACAUUCCGCAAUUCACCGGCAAUGGACAAAUCAGAACAUAGUCUAAUUUCUCGCGCGUUAAACCCAUCAUCCAUCGUGACCUCUGAGCUUCGAGUUAUUCCUGGUGAUCGUGUAAAUCAAAUCACUGCAUUACGUCCGUCCGGGGCUUCGACCGAAAAUAUUAGU